GUUCAGGCAACCGGGGCAACCGUCAUGGCCGCGCAUGGCCGCGCUCUAAGUCAAAAAUUCUUGUCUACAUCGCUUUAUGGCCUUGCACCAGGCGGUGUCAGGCGUGAUGUGAAUGCCAACCAGUCGCAGCGGCGUGAAAUGUUGUGAACGGAACUUAAUGGAACCGAGAUGAGUGGCUGCUGGCGGAGGGUCCUGCCAACACCGCGCAUCCUCACCCUCUUCCUGGUACUGGUUGGCUUUGCGCUGGUGUUGUUCAUCUAUCUCCCACGAUCGUUUGAGGAACGUUUGGUUCGAUCACCACGCCGAAGAAUUCCAGUGCUGCUAGCCUACGAAGGCGAAGCUGAAGUGCACACAUUCUUCUGCGACACGCACACUACACAGUGCCCACGCAUUGAGUUCACGCCAGCUUCUGGAUGGCAGGGAGGAAUCCCAGGCGUGCCCGACCUGCACCUGCUUUCGGCACACUACGACACCCGGGUGUGGGUGCAUGGCGGAAAGAAUCGGCACUAUGUCAGGCUCCUUGGUGUCAUCAAAUCAGAGGACGCAGACUCUCUCCGCUUCUUCUGCCAGAUGUGGUACCAGGAGCUCCCACAUCCUAUCGUGGUUGAGUCUGAUCGCACUGAGAUAUGGGUUCCAGCAUGGGAUGGGCACACGUCACCUGGCCACUACUACCGGCCUUUCAUCUUCUCCUGUCCCGUGCCAUUCAAUGUCUCUAGUCCUCUCGGCAGCGGUCCGGCCAAUGUUUCACUUGUUGCCGAGCCAUGUGCCUGUCCACCCAAUUCUUUGGCUCUUCCAAAAACUCCCGAAAAGGACCCAAAACGGGGCAUUGCGGUGUGUGUUAAGGGACUGGACUUUCCAGAAGACAUCUCUGCCAGACUGGUGGAAUGGCUCGAGCUCCAGUUCCUCCUAGGUGCUGACACUGUGUUCUUCUACAUCUUUCAGGUCCAUCCUAAAGUUGACCUUAUCUUACGUUACUACCGCCGGUUUCGCCGGGUCCAAUUCGAAAGGAUCCAGCUGCCAGGUUUGGAUGAGCCGCGUAUUCCAGCCAAGCGGAGGCACUACCUUGCCAACAACACCUGGCAGAAGCGCCGGCAUGAACUGGUCCCUUACAACGACUGCUAUUACCGGCACAUCCCUACCCACGAGUUUGUCCUGCUUGUUGACAUCGACGAAGUUGUCCUGCCACGCCGACACACAACGUGGCAGAAGCUGCUUGACGACAUCGUCUCUGCAUCACCCAACAUGCUGGCAACGUACGCCUCCUUGGCAGUGCCCAAUGUCUACUUUUUUGACCACUUCGAGCGUGAAAAGAGCUGGUCUUGGUUCCUGAGCCGUGUUACAAGGUCAGCCAACUUCACACGACCAGGGUUUGCGGUGAAGAGUUUCUUCACCACAAACUCUUCCCUGGCCGUGUUUAAUCACUACACCCUGGUCCCGCUCUAUGGGAAGCUCCAGCGAACUGUCCUCUUGAACAAGAAGGAUGUUCAGUUAAACCACUACAGGGCUAAGUGCCCAUUUGAAAUGGAAGUCCUCUGUAAGGAUGACUAUUUCCGUUUUACUGUGAAGGACAAGAUGUUGUGGAAGCUGGAGAGCAAGUUUAUGAGUAAAGUGCGAGAAACGAAGGAAGGUCUGAGAACAAAGUUUCUUGUUCACGUCGGAAAAGAGGGCACAAGGUGAUGCCAUUGAGAGUUACUGGUUAACCUAACUUUUGCAAUGCAGAAGUGGCGUAAUUAAGAAUUUGACAAAAAGCUGGGCACUAACCAAGUCAAAUUAAACUAUCGACGUCUCUAGUGGUGGGACAGCCAUUUUACCUUCUGACACAGGUCUUGGUACAGUGUUCAAAAAUGCACCUAUAUACCAGAUAUCAUCUCAAUUUUUACCGAAAUAGUCAACAGAUGUAGCGGAGCCAACUUUAGGCGCAUCACAGAGGCAUUCGGACUGAAUAUUACUGAAGCAGUUUCAAUAUUUUCAAUAGAAUGGCUUCCCAUGUGCGUAUAUUGCAUUGUAACCCUGCUUCUACGAUUUAGACUUGCAUAAGGUGUUGCAUAUUCAGCACGCUUGAAACAAGCAACAAGAUGAUGCCCAAGUACACAUGCAACCAAACUAAAGUUACAGCGAAGACUUCUACAGGUUUUUAGCAUACAUCUAUAGGGUGUCCCAGCUAACAUUAGCCAAGCUGUUAACUAAAAGAACAAAAAAGUAUGGUGGAAGAUACGAUUAUAAGACCUAUGGUGUUAUGAUCGUAUCUUGCACCGUCCUUCUUCUCUCUCUCUCUCUCUUGUAACAGCUUGGCUAACGUUAGCUGAUACACCAAGUAUAGCUGUGCCAUGGAACAUGCCAUGCUGGUAGGAGGAAUACCAAUCCGCAACACAUACAAAAAGACCGCACAGCACCAGUACAUGCGAACAAAAGCAAGAAAACUGCGAGUGGAGAACCGACGGCGUUGGCCGCUCCACUGACCUCCAGAUGAUAAUGAUGGCCGACGAUGGCAUGUUUUACGUUUUGGUUUCAGUUUUACUGCCAAGGCAGCAUCAAGGGAAGGGGACUCAUUCUUAUGCUUCACUGGGUGCAAUUUCCCGCUAAAAUGGCGUUUUGGGGAAGGAAGGCCCAAAUUACCGCUCUUGACGUAACAGGUGCAGCUGUUCCACCACUGCAUUUCCCACUUCCAUAGAAAACCCUUGUUCACAAGAUAGCAAGCAAAAGUUCUGCACAGAACCUGAAACAGCAGAAAGAGCCAUUUUGUGCUUUUGUUGUUUCAGUUCCAGUAUUGUACCCACGUUAGUAAGAUCGUGAACAAAGGUUGCAUGAGGAUUCUGAAACACCAGAGUUAUAAUUGGACUUGGUCAAUGACCAGGCUUUUUAUUUAAAGGCCAACUGCAAUGAAAUUUCACUUUGGCUAAAUUCAUAAAUAAGUGAGAACUAUAUAAAGCAAUUUUGGUAAAGCUGAAGGACUGGUAGCUGUCUAAUUUCCUUAUUAACAACCGUAAAAGAGCACCUAAGCAGACAUGUGCAUCUGGUGAUUAGCAGAUAUGACACAAAUAUAAGACUAUAGUCUCAAGGAUGUUCAGCAUACCACAAAUGCCACACAAUCAUGGAGGUCAUGCCAAUGAGCCAUGCUGAUUGUCAACAUUCAGAAUCAGUGACAUUCUUUUUACUCAUCAAAAAAGUACCUUCACCAGCUUACUUGUGAGGCACCCACUUGUAUUUCAAGUUUUGCAUGGAGUCUGCUUUAAAGCAACGCUGUCUCAAAUGAGGCUUCUUACGCAGUCAAACAUUUUGUUGCAUUUGGCCUUUAAGAAGCAGGGAAUGUUAUGCUUUGUCACUUUGCUCACUGCAACUUAUCAUUAGGGUAGCGCUUCAAAAAUGGUGUCUAAAAGCACUGUGAGGAAGUCUUACCUUCAUCCAAUCGGGCUUUGUGACAGAGAAGCUCGAAACUUAUUGCAAUGUUAUCUGAGUCAUAGAAUUUGCAGUCAGGCUUUCUGUGAUAAUGAAUUUGAUAGCCCUGGUGCAGCUAGAGACUUGAGACAGUGACAAGACAUCAAGCUUUUCUCAAACUUUUUUAAACACACACUCCACUUAUGGUAUCUCAGCUAUGACAACAAGCUUAGUCCUUAAUUCCAUUUUCAUAUGUGCUAAUUUGAGUGCUACAUGAGAAUGCAAGUUUGUGAGAAAGAAGUCAUCAUCAGAACAGAACACUAAGAGUGCACAAUUUGUAAGAAAAAGCAAGGAUGUAGGAUGUUUUGCCAAUUCAUGCCAAUACAUAGAAAAAGCAAAAAGAGCCUCUUAUUAGGUAAAGAUCAUUCUAACUUCUAAAAAAUCUAGUUGCAAAUGAACUUUAGAGAAUGAUAAAAGUAAAAUGCCAAGUUUUUUCAAAAUUCUUAUGUGAAGCCAGCUGUGCAAGGGGAAAAGUCCUCCAUUCUCCAUGUGUUCAAACAGGAAAACCAAAGUUAGGCUCAAGACAGAGCUUCAACUUAAUGCCACAGCGGCAGCUUCAAGCUCAACCAAGAUGGCAGUCUAUUAGUCACUGCAGUGUCUAGCAUUCUGCGCUCAUGGUUGUACAACUUGACACAGGCAUGUGAUGAGACAUUACCUUCCUGUCAUGCCCAUGAAUUCACUCUUGCCUUUCUUGGCCUGGGUGAAUUUUUCAGCUGCUUUAUUUCUUUCUGAAUUCAUCAACAGUGGUUAAAAAAGGACGUAUCUGGACCCAACCUUUUGACAAGGGGAUAUGUCAUCAUCAUGGCAAAAACUCCUUUCCUUUCACAAUGGUUGCGUAACUCGCUCUCCCCAACCGUCAGUGGGGAAGGAGCAUAAAUGGUUGCAUCAAGUAGGGUGACAUAAGUAACAUUCCGGUGACACAGGGCACUUUAGAUUGUGGUCGAGCCCUAUCAGGAAUGAUUUUCUCAAUCGCGAUUUGCCUAGAAAAAAUACAAAUAAUUACAAUACAAACAAAUGGGCCAUCUGACACUUUCACAUUAAAAAAAUAUAUGUAAAUAAAGGGGAGGGGGGCACUGAUUCUUCCAAGGAGUAGAGGUGAACAAAAUAAAUAAUCUUCGCAUGUAAACUGGCAUUGUCAAACUGGUGGGCUUGUUUGCGUUCACAGAAAAGUGUAUAUUCCCUUGUCUGCAUACUCUCAAGUCACAAGUACCAACUAGUUCCCUUGUUGAAACUUUGGUUCCAGAGACAUCACUUGUUCAACCACUUUAGUGGUUCUUCCUGUGUAACACUGUCUUUUUCUUGUUUCUGAGUUCUCCAUCAUGUUAAAGAAUGUAAAGUCAUCUGUUACAUCAGCAGACCCAUCCUGGUGACUCCAUACAGCCUCAGCAUUGAGUUAGAAUCUAAAAUUUUACAUAUUAGUUUAUCUUUUACUAUAGUUGUCAGAGUGAUAUCAUGAACAAAGUCAAUGUGACAAUGUGCCAUUAUUUGGUCGCACUAACAGAAAUGAUUUUUAUAGUGCACUUUUUGAUUGUUCAGUCAUAAUUGUAUGGAUGCCCUGGACAGCUAUUUUAACUCUUUUCUACAGUGCAAAUAUUUUUACCCGUGGCCCUGGAGCUCUAUAAAGUGCCUUACUGAUGUAGAGGAGCUGUGUUAAUACCAGUGUUUGUGCAGAGAGUGAGUACAGAUCUACAACCAAGUCUAUGUCAUGAUGUGUAUUGUAUCCGGUGUAUAUCGUAUUUGUUGCAACUUUGCCAAGUUUUUUACUUUUUUAAUCGCAUGCCUUUUCAUGCUUUUGUGUUUCUCAUGCCGAAUGAAUCUCAUAUGUAUAGCAUCAACUGCCUUUUAAUGCACUUUUAGCAAGAAGGAUUUAUGGUGCCUUUUUGGUUUUCGUUGAAACAAGCACUCUACGUAAAAAUUGAUGCGCCUUUUGAAUAGAUGUAUGUGUUUACACACUUGU